GCAAAUCUUGCCGUCAAAGAAUAAAAUCUAUGACCAGGCUGGAGUUCUUAUCUCCAGUGGAAUGGACCUCUGUGAUUGUUUGGACGAGGAAUGCCUGGGAUGCUUCUAUGCAUGCAAAAAGUGUGGCUCUAACAAGUGCGGCAUAGAAUGCAGAUGUGACCGCAAAUGGCUCUAUGAACAAAUUGAGGUUGAAGGAGGGGCAGUAAUCCGAAACAGACAUCUAAGUUGA